UUUAUACAUUGAAAGAGUAGUAAACCAUGGAGAAGAGACAAUAGCAGCAAUAAGGACUAUAGACCACGCGCAUGACCUGUUCAUAGUUGGUAGAGGACAAGGCACGAUAUCGCCAUUGACAACAGGACUUAUAGACUGGAGCGAGUGCCCCCGAGCUAGGUGCAAAAGGAGAUCUAUUGGCAUCCUCGGAUCAUGCAUCAGUUGUUUCGGUGUUAGUUGUGCAACAAUAUGUAGGAAUGGGACAAGGGGAUCAUCUUCUCACACCAGAUAGUCCUGGACAACAACUACAUGACCAUUUCAACUUUAGCUAUCAUCGGACACAAAUUAAAACCGUGCAAAGCGCGGCUGAAUUCACAUACGAAGCUUGUUGGCGUCGUAUAUUAGACGAACUUCCAGAUAUCAAAACAUUGAAGAAACUUCAUUCCAGGAUCAUUUUCGAUCCGGAUCUAUGCAACAACACGUCUCUUGUCAUCAAAUUGAUGCGUGCCUAUGCUGCUUGUGGCCAACCUAAUGUCACCCGCCAACUGUUCGAUGAAACGUCUGAGAGAAACGUGGCGGUUUAUAAUGUCAUGAUUAGGAGUUAUGUGAAUAACAAGUUUUAUAAAGAUGCAAUUUUGGUUUAUAAAAAUAUGUGUAAACGAGAUGUUGGGGCUGAUAAUUAUACGUUCCCGUCUGUUCUUAAAGCUUGUUUUGGUUCAGAUAAUUUGAGGGUCGGACUGCAGGUUCACGGUGCUGUUGGCAAGAGGGGGCUUGAUGCUGACCUGUUUAUCGGUAAUUGUUUAGUGGCUAUGUAUGGGAAAUGUGGGUGUUUAGUCGAGGCUCGACAGGUUCUUAAUGAGAUGCCAAAAAGGGAUGUUAUUUCUUGGAAUUCAAUGGUUGUUGGAUAUGCUCAAAAUGGAAGGUUUGAUGACGCAUUAGAGGUUUGUAAGGAAAUGAGUGUAUUAGGUCAUAAACCAAAUGCGGGAACUAUGGCUAGCCUUUUACCUGCUGUAUGCAAUACCAGCAUUGAGAAUGUCUUGUUCGUUAAGGAUAUUUUCGUGAAUAUGGAUAAAAAGGAUUUGGUUUCAUGGAACGUGAUGAUCGCUGUAUAUGUCAAGAAUUAUUUGCCUAAAGAGGCGGUUGAGCUCUAUCACCAAAUGGAAACUUGUGGGAUAGAACCGGAUGCUAUAACUUUUGCUAGCGUUCUUCCUGCUUGUGGAGACCUUUCAGCUGCAUCGUUGGGAAGGAGGAUUCAUGAAUUUAUUGAGAGAAAAGGUCUUCGGCCAAAUUUAUCUCUUGAGAACGCGUUAGUUGAUAUGUAUGCCAGGUGUGGAUGUUUGACAGAGGCAAGAAAAAUGUUUGAGGGGAUGAAGUUUCGGGAUGUUGUGUCAUGGACUUCCCUGAUAUCUGCUUACGGUAAGAGUGGCCAAGGUCGGGAUGGAGUUGCUUUGUUUUCCCAAAUGUUGGAGUCUGGUCUUCAACCUGAUUCAAUUGCUUUUGUUUCCAUUCUUUCUGCUUGUAGCCAUGCCGGAUUGCUACUAGAAGGAGAAUCCUAUUACAAGCUAAUGACAGAUAAGUAUAAUAUUGUUCCUAGGUUAGAACAUUAUGCCUGUAUGGUUGAUUUAAAAGGACGAUCCGGACGCAUAAACGAGGCCUUCAAUUUCAUCAAGCAGAUGCCUUUAGAGGCUAAUGAGAGAAUCUGGGGUGCUCUUUUGGGUGCCUGUCGGGUGUACAAUGAUAUGGACAUUGGGCUUGUAGUUGCAGACAAUCUCUUUGAAUUGGCCCCAAAGCAGUCUGGUUAUUAUGUCUUGCUAUCGAAUAUCUAUGCAAAGGCCGGAAGAUGGGAAGAUGUAACGAUUGUUAGGUCAAUCAUGAGGGAGAAAGGGAUUAAAAAAAUGCCCGGUGUCAGCAAUGUUGAGCUCAAUAACAUGGUGCACACCUUCCUUGCUGGUGACACAUCUCACCCACAGUCAAAGGAGAUCUAUGAAGAGUUAGACAUAUUAAUAGGUAAGAUGAAAGAGGAAGGAUAUGUCCCAGAAACAGAUUCUUCCCUUCAUGACAUUGAGGAGGAAGACAAAGAAAAUCAUUUAGUAGUUCAUAGCGAGAAGCUGGCUAUUGUAUUUGCAAUUAUGAACACCAGUCAUGGUACACCCAUUAGAAUAACUAAAAACUUGCGUGUAUGUGGAGAUUGCCACAUUGCAACCAAGCUUAUCUCCAAGAUCACACGUCGUCUGAUUGUAGUUAGGGAUACAAACCGUUAUCAUCACUUUCAGAAUGGAGUUUGCUCAUGUAGUGAUUAUUGGUGACUCUGCCUGGAGGUACAUAGUUGCACGCAUAUUUCAGUUGCUCGUGUAACUGGGUUAUGAAGUUCUUGUCCUCAUUUUGCUUAGCACAUUACUCUUUUCGGGCUGGCAAUUAACAACUCUUUGAUUGCCUAAUCACACAGUUGACCUCCAGCAAGGUUUGCAGGAGGAGUAAAUGGUUACAGAUGACAGUACAAGCCGUUGAAGGAAAAUUUUGGACCUAAGUUGCUCAGACUAUGAGAGGCCUCUUCCCAGACUAGGGAUGGCGGUAGGGUGGGUUAAGGUAGGGCAAGCUUUGACCUGCUAAGAUUUCGACCCGCCCUGUCCCGAUUUUUCUCAACUUAAACGUGAGAGAAAUAAUUAAAGAGUCCAAUUGCAACAAUUCAAGAGCUAUAUUUUUUAUCAGAGAAUAGAAGCCUAUUGUGUGAGAAAAUAUACUGGCUCCAGUUUCAUUUCUUAUUGCCAAUUACGCAAUUACUAAACAUACCCAAAUAAUUGUACCAGUUUGCAUAAUCAGCACGCAUUCUUGAUCUGAUAAGAUGCUAACUGUUUGGAGUAAAUAUAUGUUCUAUUAAAAGAAAAAAAAGAAGUGAUUUUGGUAGGCAUCAAGAAUAUUAGCGGGCCCAAAAAGAUUUUACUAUAUACUAUCAAUUCACAUGUUUACCAUAGGAUAUAUUAUUGUGCUAAAAAGAUGUAACAUGUGUUGGUGUUGAAUUAAUGAAUGGUGAAUGACAAUGACCCACUAUGACGAGUUCAAUUAUUGCCCUUUGUUAUUCUCACCUCACCUACCUUUGCUCACCUAACCUUAGGUCUUAGGAAAGAGAUGGAAGUAACUACAUUCGAGUAUUAAAACAGGGGAUAUAUUAUUUUCUUAUUUAAUCAACUGGAAGAAUUGCCUCCCAGAAUAUGUGACACCGCUUCAUCUACACAUUGACUACUCAUAUACACAAAAAAGGGAUGUAAAAGCCAAUGAGCUAACUUGUUUGGAUGAUUUAAUAAACAUGAUAUGGCCUAGGUAUACCCUAUACAUUGAAAAAAAAAAAAGUUCAAAGAUUCCUUCCCC